AUGGACGCCAUGCCUCGCAGCAAGCGCCGGGCACAGAAGUGGCUGCAAGUCGUCGUGCUUUGCACCCUGGGUUGUUGGCUUCUGGGAUUCUCUACGUCUCGACUUGCAUGGCCGGGACUUGUCCGGCCCUUCUCAGACGAUGGCCUCGUGGCCAACAGCUUCCGAAAGAUAGCUCAUUUCGGUCCGGGACCGGACGAGGAUGUCGAGCGGCACCUGUCGCCAGACAAGCUUUGGGCAUACCAGCUCCGAGCAGCCGUCGGCCGCACCUUCACGCACGCCUUCGGCUUCCAUGGCCAGGCACUUCUGCUGGCCCUGGCCUCCUCGCUGACUCUUCUGCGUGGCGGCUUCCUUCUAGCCGAGAGCACAAAGCCCUGCCAGGUAGCUUCCUGGUUCGUCCUCGGAGCGGCGAUAAGCCUUUGUUGGGUGCUUCAUCCCUGCACUGCGCCGUCCUUCGGCUCCGGGCACGUCCGUGUGCAGAAAUCGCUUCAGUUUGCCCUGGCAGUCGCUUGCCAGGGUGGCGCUUUCUUCGCACUCUUUCCUGAAGCGGCGGCAUACAUCGUCGGAUCACUUGCGAGUGUUAUGGUCCAGCACAUCGUGCAGCUCACUGUUGCCCUGCAUGUGCCCAAUGAGGCACAUUCCGUGAGUGGCUCGAGCCACAUCGAUGCGAGUUGGUGGCAGUUGUCUGCAGGGCUGCUGGGAGGCUGCCUGUGCCUUCGCUUCCCGAAGCCGGCAUUGCAUGUCCUGGCCUCCAUGGCAGGUAGUGCCGGUCUGGCUUUCGUGGCUCACUGGUGGCUGUGCUUGGCAUGGAUGCUGCUACGUGGGGAUGUCAAGCACGAGACACCUCUGGAACAUGUUGGCCACCUGUUGUCUCGGUGCGAUCCACCGGCAUGCGAGAGCACAUCUCGUUGGAUUUUUCUUAUCCUCUGGGCUUUCUUUCUCGUGGGGGGCUUGCGGCUCCAGCGACACUUCGAGCUAAGCAAAGAGCAGCAGCUCUCUCAGUGGUAUCAAGAUCAGAUUCGCAAGGCCCCUUCCGACAGCAACUUCGUUCCGCACUGGCCGGGUCAGACUUGCACGCCUUCCCCCGACCUGACAACGUUCCAGAAGGUAGAUGUUAUUCUGCCAGCACCGGCACCUGAUUCCGUGGAGGUGGCACUCCCAGAACGCUCGAGCAGCGCGCCCUUGCAUGCCGUGGCACCUCCUCAGGAGGAGAGCGAUAGGCAGCCGCAAUCCUGGGCUUGCCGCCCAGGCCCUGCCGGGAAUCCCUAUGCCAACAACCGGCAUGCGGAUGUGCUCAACGAGGAGCCGACCGAGGAGGCGGCCAAGCUCCGCCUUUGUGAGGAGGUCAAGAAUCGAGCCAAAGGUGCCUUCGCGCAGAAGGACAUGCCCAGCGCAGAGCUUCUUUAUGGCAAGGCCAUCUCUCUCCUGUCCUCGAUGCCUGAAAAGAUGGAAGCUACCUUGUACUCCAACAGAUCGAUGGUGCGGCUGAAUCUCAACAAGGUGGAGGGUGCACUCGAGGAUGCCAAGAAAUGCUUGGAGCUGGACCCGAAGUUCGUGAAAGCCCACCACAGGAAGGCCCAGGCCCUGCUCCGGCUUUCAGAAUGGGAUGAGGCCAUCAAGGCGGCAGAGGAAGGCUCCAAGCUGGAUCCCGAGAACAAAGCCUUCCCCGAGCUCAUCGAGAAGGCAAAGAAAGACCAGGAGAAGGAUGCCGCCGACAAGGCGAAGCUCAAGGCUGAUGCCCAGGACGUCCGCGUAGAGCUCCACAACGCCUCCACCGCGAGAGCUCCACCAAAGCCUAAGGACAAGGCAGACAAAGAGAACGAGAGCGGCGAAAUGCGGGGGUACAAGAAGACCGCUGAUGGCAGGACCACCUCGUAUUUCCACACGGACAUCUCGGAUGAGGCGAAGAAGCUCAUCGAGGCCCAGGGCUUCGGGAAGCCGAAGAAGCUGGACACUCCCGUGGAGGCGGACGAUGUCAAGGGCGGUGGCAGCCAGUGGAACCAGGCCGGCACGUACGAAGAAAAGGGCAUGACGAAGUGGCUGGAGGAUC